AUGAUCGCAAAGGACGAGCAUCACAACGUUAAAAACGACCAUCCAAGUCCCAGUGCCUUCGCACACGCUGUUCUUCGGACCACCACGGACAAUUACGCGGCCAUGACACGUUGGUACCUUAAUUUGUUGAAUGCAACGAUCGCCUUCGAAGUCCCGUAUUUCAUGUUACUGCGCUAUGAUGAAGAGCAUCACCGCAUUGCCAUCGCCGCUAAGCCCGAGCACGUUCCCAAGCCCAAAGACCAACGCAUCGCUGAAGUUGACCAUCUGGCAUAUACAUAUUCCACACUUACGGAACUGGCUCAGGUCUACACGUCCUUGAAAGCCAAGGACAUGCUGCCAAUCUGGACCGUCAACCAUGGUCCCACCACCAGUUUCUACUACCGCGACCCGGACGGCAAUAAGGUGGAACUGCAGGUGGACAACCUCGACACCACUGAAGAGGCCGAUGAAUUUGUGAGAGGACCCAAGUUUGCCAUGAAUCCAAUGGGGACAGACAUUGAUGCCGAGUCAUGGGCCAAGGAGAUCUUGGCUAAGGUCCGUCCAGAUGGCAAAGAAGGCCUGACCGCCGACGAGGUUCGACGCCUGAAGACGCGGAAAGAAAUUGGGGAGCGCUUUACUACGCCCGCGGUUUUCUAG